GGAAACCUCACACUAUUAAUAUGUAGUUGUGAAAAUUUCACUUUUCUUAUUCUUGGCUUCAUAUCUCAAUUCUCAAUGUCUUCUUUAGAAAUUUUAAAAUUUAAGUCUCCAAUAAUGGCUAAUCCUGACAAAGAAGAAGAAGAAAGUGUGGUUUGCAAUGAUAUCGCUUUUGAUUUACUAGAGAACAUUCUUUCUAGACUCGAUGCUAAAUCUGUGAAAAAGUGUGAGUGUGUAUGUAAAUCUUGGCUCUCUCUACUAAGGACUCAAUAUUUCAUGAAUCUCCACCUCAACCGUCAACAACUACCUCGUGUUAUUUUUCUCAACUAUAGAAAAACAUCCAACAACCAUGAUUUAUCAAUUUGUAGUUUGAAUAAUGUAUUAUUUUCAGAGAUUUCCUUAAAUCAACUUCCCUAUUUUGCCAUGAAUUCAUUAUCGAAUGAUCAAUUAUGUUCUUUAUCAUUUAUAGGCAGUGAUAAGGGCAUAAUAGGAAUUUCUGAUCACAGGGUUAAUAUAUUCUGUCCCUUGUAUUAUUUAUGGAACCCAACUACUAAUGAGUCUAAAAAACUUCCUCCUUUAGAUUUUAUUGAAGAUAAAUCUUAUCGUUUACGUGGACUUGGCUAUGACCCCUUAACCAAUGAUUUCAAAGUGGUGGUUUUCACAUCUCAACUUAAAGAGGGUCAUAAAAUUGGGAUUUAUAGUUCGAGAAGCAAUUCAUGGAAAGCAAUUACAAUGCCUAACCUAUUUCCAGAAUUUGAAUCUGUUAUUGUUACACCAUUUAUGAGCAUGUCCAUUAAUGUUAAUAACUUCAUUCAUUGGUCUAUUUGCUAUAAAAAUGGUAAUACAAGUGAUGAUAAAGAUUUGGAGUUUUCUACAGGAAUAGUUGCUUUUGAUAUAAGUAAAGAGAAAUUUAAUCUUAUAAAAUUACCUCAAGUUAAGAAAGGUAAUGAUGGUGUGGACAUAGCUAAAAUUUUUGGGUGUCUUUCUAUGAUAUAUGUGGAUGAAGAUACAGUAUUUCACGUAUGGGUUAUGAAGAAUUAUGGUGAUUCUAAUUCUUGGUACAAAUAUUUGUCUUUUAGUUUAAAUGAACUUAUUCCAACUAGGUUUAGUAAAUUUUGUCGAAUAAGUUUUUUGAGUGAUGAGAUUAUGUUAGUUAAUUUAUUUUUGACUGGUUAUUUCUGUUGGUAUAACUCCAAAAGUAAGAUGAUUGAAAUUUUAGGUGAAAGAUAUCCAGUGUUUAGAUUCACCACUUAUGCUGAGAGCGUUUUCAGGUUAAAUGAGUCAUAAUUUGGUAUAUAUGUUUUAAAAAGUGAAUUUACAUGCACUUUUGCUGGGUUAGUUUUAUUUUAGUUAUCUUUUGGUAUUUCUAUAGUGGACAUCCUAUAAGGGUUAGAAGUGUACUUGUUAGUUUAAGAAGUGGCACACAUUAUACCAUGGGGUGUUACAGUACAGUACAUUACAUUUUUUUUUUUAUUAUUUUAUAUAAUUUUAUUUAAAGAUUUGAAGAAGUCUCCUCACUUAUUUGUUGCAUCUUUCACACUUCAUGCCCUUUUAUUUUAUUUAUUUAUUUUUUAUUUUUUGCUGAAUUAUCAUUUUACUUCUUUUAUACCUAUACCACAAAAUCAGUAAGAUGAGACUUAAAAAAUGAAUUAAAAGUAAUUAUGGUACGUUUGAGAAAAUGAGGAAGAAUUUGAAUCCAUCGUCUUCAAGAACUCAGAGACAAAGUACCCAUAUCCCACUUUUGUUGUUGUUGCUGCUGCUGG